AUGGAAUACGACGAGGACGACUUGCACGACUAUGCGAACGAGGAUGGUCCAACCGCCGAGGAGGAGGAGCAGAUGGAGGAGCUCCUGCCCGUGGUCAAAGCACAGUUGAAGGAGUACACUGGGUUUAACGAUGGGGAUGUGCUGGACUACCUGUGGGACAACUACUUGGAAGUGGAUGCCACUGUUGCAGAGAUGAAGAAGAAGUUCAAGAAGAAAGAGAAGAAGAUGUCUAAGCUGGCUAUGCUGGCCAAGAGCAGGAGGGAGAACCAGCAGGACUCUAAACUUGGGGAGAAGUCGUCGGUGUCGAUACUGGACAAGCUAAUGACAAGGAAGACCGAACAAGCUGAUACUCCUGUGAGGCGAGUCAAGAGAGUGCUGAAGAGAGCCGAAGCCAAGGGUGGAAGCCGAGAUGAAGCACCGAAAACUGUUAACGCUGUUGACGCUGUUUCCAAGGAUGCUAAGCAGAAACCGAUUUUCUCAUUCCAGACGGUCACGUUUGAGCAUUCUCCCUUUGCACGUUCACCUGUUUCACAGACGUCAUCUACAAUGGUUAAAAGAUUCAAAACAGAGCAUAGUGAUCAGCUGAAGAGUGCAAAUCACCUCUACGUUCCCUUUAUGAUGACUAACGGUAAUUUAGUUGUAAAACAGAAGAUUAAUUUUGACAAGCCAAGUCCCGAUGAUUUGGUGAAACAGGCCCAAACACAGGCUUUUGACAGUGAUAAGAAGAAAGAAACUGAGGUGGUGGCCAAAGUUUCGCAGCUGAAGGUGUCAGCGACCCCAUCAGUGACAAAGCCUCGUGUUGAAUUGGAUGUCAAUUCAGAGAUUGUGAAGAGAUCUACAAAGCCAAAUUUAUCUUUCGUGGUCAUUGGACACGUUGACGCUGGUAAAUCCACCUUAACAGGUCGUUUACUACUGGAAUCUGAAACAGUGUCCAUGUCACAGUAUAACAAACUGAAAAGAGAGGCUGAAAAGGCUGGUAAAUCCUCAUUUUCACUUGCCUGGGUGAUGGAUCAAACGCCAGAGGAGAGAAACCGUGGUGUUACUAUCGACAUAUGUUCCUCAUCAUUUGAAACUGCUAAGGGUCAUUUCACCAUUGUGGAUGCUCCAGGUCAUAGAGACUUUGUUCCAAAUAUGAUCACCGGUGUGGCACAGGCUGAUCUGGCUGUGUUGGUUGUAGACUCUUCAACAAAUGCGUUUGAGUCUGGAUUUAACCUGGAUGGGCAGACGAAGGAACAUACAAUACUGGCUAGAAGCUUGGGGAUUACCAAGCUCCUGGUUUGUGUUAACAAGAUGGACCAAUCUGGCUGGGAUCAACAUAGAUUUGAAGAGAUUAAAGAUAUGAUGGAUUCUUUCUUAGAGAUGAGUGGAUGGGACAUCAAGAGUAACGUUAAAUACGUUCCAUGCUCCGGACUCUCAGGUGCAAACGUGUCAAAAAAGUAUGAGACACCUGCAUUGGAUUGGUACCACUCUGGUCCAUGUGUUAUUGAGGCAUUGGAAUCGUUUGAAGCAACCAUCAGGGAGUUUACAAAGCCAUUUGUAUUACAGAUCAAUGACAUUGAUACUUCCAAGUCGGAGUUCACUGGUAGAAUCGAUACAGGAACAAUUCAAGUUGGUGAAACAGUUGUCUUUUCACCUUCUGGAACGUUUGGUGUUGUUGAUUCCAUCACGUUGAGAGAUUCAAAAGUUAACAUUGCCAUUGCUGGUGAUUCCAUUACCAUCAGAGUUAAGAACGUUGAUUUGGAUAACGUCCGUACAGGUGAUGUUAUGAGCAUUGUAACACACGAGAUCCCAUCUGUUACCAAAUUUGAGGCACGUGUGGUUACAUUUGACAUGGAUAGACCUCUGCUCGUUGGAACACCAUUUGUUCUCUUUAGAGGUAACGUUCAACAGCAGGCAAAGAUCUCCAAAGUGUUGACUGUUUUUGACAAGAAUGGUGAACCUUCAACCAAGCGCAAGGCUAAACAUCUCAUCGCCAAACAAAGUGCCAUUGUUGAGAUUGAAACCGAAAGAAAGUUACCAUUGCAACUAUUCAAAGAGAAUAAGAUGAUGGGAAGAAUCGUCCUGAGAAAGGAAGGAAGAACAGUUGCAGCUGGUGUUGUUGAAAAGAUCUAA